AAAAUGUUGUUGCUUUGGAUUUUAUUAAUCUAAAGCAAAGUUAUUCUGAUCAACACAAUUGAAUUGUUCAGUUGUCUGCUGAGAAAUGUUAUUCUGUGUGACAUACUGGCUCAAGAAUAGCCUCUCAAUCGAUUGGCAACUGCUUUCAAGAUCCUCUUAGUUUCUUUUGUUUUUUAAUAUUCAUGUAGAAUUUAUUUCUUGAAAAGUUGUGUAAAUUUAUAAAAAAAAAAAAAUUGUAGGUUCUAUAUGCUUCAUAUCUGGGUCCAUUGAAAUGAAAAACACGUAUGUACCUGAAAAUGAAGUUGUAAUCUGGCAAUGGCUUUUUGGCAAGAGUGUCACUAGUAUUGUUCUUCGCAAUUCUGGUCUAAAUGAUGGAUUUGUUGGAAUUGCUGCACCCUCUCUUGCAAGGAUUCUCCCAGUUUGUUUUAUCACAUUAACCAAAUUUCACUAAUUUAUUCAUACAUUUCUAGGAUGUGUUAAUUUUAUGAGCGGUCUGUGAUCCCAAAAUUAUAGUUAUAUACUACAAGUAAUUAUAAGUUCUUUGUGCUUGGUUCACUUUUGCUUUUCAGAUUGAUUUGGCAAUGUUCAGGGGAGAGCUUUUAUGUCAGGUAAGACUGAACUCUUCUUUUAGUCCGUAAUCGUUUUGCAUCAUGAAUCAUUUGUUUUUGGUAUUUCUGUCUUUGUAGUUGCACAUCUAGAUGCUUUAAAUUGGGUAGAACAAGCUCUUUUUUUGUUACAUCUUACAUCAGCUUAUUUGUUUUCUGUGAUCAUGUUGACUUCUUUUAUAGCCAGAUG